AUGGCGACGCCGCCCAAAGUCCGGCAUGAUUCUCAUGCGACAGUAACGAUGGGCCACAGUGCCGUCAGCUUCGUGCCGACAGAGCACGUACAGACCGCCGUAAGUGACUUUGGUGAUCAUAUUGUGAUCGAUACAAUCAUUCCACCCGCGCGCUAUUUGCCGCCGACACUCUCUGUCGCCAAGCUGGCAGGGCAGAUCCAAGACGACCUCGUCCGCGAGCUCAAUCGCCUCGGCCUUGGUAUGGGCACUCGUGUCGCCUCUGUGGCGCACCCCCGCAGCAAGGACGCCGAGGCCGAGCAGUUUGUUCGCACCCCUCAGGGCCACCUCGUCGACCCCGUGCUGCAGCCAAAAAACGAGCAAUAUACACGCGCCUGCCUCGGCAUCCGCAGCCUGCGCGGCGAGCCCCUGCUUACCUACUUCCCUGACCCCAAGGGCGCUGAGCCUGUGCUUGUCCAUGGCGCCCCGACGACCUGCCCGUGCGUGUGCUGCCGCAGCGGCUGCGCGGGCGCUGAUCCCGCGACGGGCAAACUUGCCCUGCUUCCCGAGGCUCUUGCCAAAGAUGCUGCGGGCAACAUCCUUGUUGAUGUGCCGCCACAACCGUCAACGUCGCAGGCUGCGUCCAGCACGACGCUGGGCGAGCCGUUCACCGAGGCUAAGAAGACCGCGUCGCCCGUGCCUGCGCCUGCGCCUGCGCCCACCGCUACGCCGACCCCUGCGCCCGCGAUCCGGACGCGCAUUGUGCCCGUACCGUCCAGCGAGCGUAUGCCGUCCUCGAAUGCCGCUGUGCAAGCGGCGGCCUCGCGGAUCCAGCCUGUCGGUGCGACGGUGGUCAAGACGGUCAGAUCGCUCGGCAACUUGCGCGGCCACCGUGCCGCGGCGCCUAUGUUCCCUACGCCUGCGUCGCUACCGCAGACCAGGGAGCGCCCCUUGCCGCCUGGUCCGCCUGUGUCCGCGCAGGCCCUCGCACCGACGGAGUCCCGCAUUUCUACGCGUCCGUCUGGUGGGCUGCACGCUGGUGCGAGACAAGUGCCUGUGCGCGAGGAAGUGCCAUCGCAGCGUGCCGAAAAGGGCAUGAGCGUGUUUGCUCCUCUGCAAAUGUCGGACGAGCUGCGGCAUGCGCUCACAUUGAACGACCUCUCCUCGCUGUCGCUCUCGCCUGAAGGGGGCCGCCGGACGCCGCCGCUGUCGAGUCCCUCGUCGAUGGGCUCGACGCCGCGGUACCAGGGAUCGCAUGCGCGUCCCGAUGUAUCACCCAUCCCGAUGUUUGAUACGUCCUCGACGCCGAUUGCCGCGCGCUACUGCCGGUCCGCGGGCAAUUUGCGGCAAAAGGCGCGCGAGGAUCUGCCGCCGCUGCCGCCGCUGCCGAAGGAUGUCUCAGCGCCGGGCCAGACGCGGGUACGCAUUAUCUCGGGCCAUGCACGCUAA